CGAGGAGGCAGGGAGCCCCAAGAGGUGGAGACGGAGAUUUAUGCGGGAGGAAGGGAAGGGAAAGGAAGGUGGGCGCAGAACAAUCGGUUGCCUUCCCCGGAAGCCAACGCCGUGAUGGCGCGUUGUGGAAUCUUUUGGUCCCUCCCGACGGAGGAAGAGGGUGGGAGGGAAGGGGCUUGCCUGGAGGUCGUGUGCGACAAGUCGUUUGCGGCGAUUUUUUUGACGGAGGAGGAGCUGCGGAUCGAUAUGGCUGAGAAGGGAUGGGGCGUGGAUGUACUCUGGGAGAGCAUCAUCGCACCCGAAUCCCUCCCCACUUAUUAUGAGGGCUUGAUCGAAUCCGGAUUCUGUGUACCUCCUGGACAGGUGGGCUGUUCGAGGAAGGUUCUUAAG